AUGGAGAUCGCACCUGUAGCCGCUGCAUUCAGUGGGCGAGCGAGCACUGGAGGGGAAGUGUCCAACGCCAAGAGGAAACUCGAGAGUGCGCACUCGUUUUUCUCUUUCUCCGCGUCGACAUCGCCCUCGGGCUCUCCGACUGCAGCCUCCAACAGCUACAAACCAUUCCGAGGCAAAGCAGACGCGCUGCCACCGCUCGAUUCACAUCCUAAAGUGCGACGUUGUUCUGCUACGGGGCCUCCGUCGCUUACACGCUGCUAUUCUGACGGAAAAAUUUCAAAGGCGUUCGGAGAGUUGUUGACUGCAGAAGAAGCUGCAGACAGCCAGAGACUGCAGUCGUCCAAGGUUUGUCCUACGUCCUCUGCACUGACGCUGCAGAAGAAGAGCAUUUCGCCUCGUCCUGGCGUGUGUCCGUCGCCUGAACUGCACCGCAAUCCAUUCCUAGAUGACGAGACAUGGCCAUUAACCGUCCCCAGAGGUCCGACGUCGACAUCACCGGCAUUUGCCACCAAGAGCUACAACAACAAUACGACACCUCAGCGCAAGACGAGUGACAGCUGUGUCAUGUUUACUCCACCGACGCCCAACAAGCGAGUGUGCAGCCAGCAAGGCUUUACGCAGAGCAAGGCGGGCGCGUCAGGGAACUGGGCGCCUUCUCUUACACAGGCGAGAAAGCGCUCUCUGGGGGUGUCUGAUGGCUCUCACUUCGCUAGUGCGUCUCCCUCGGACAAGCGAGCUUCGCUGUCUAUUGACAUGAACCUGGAGAGUCGAAGCAACGGCCUUCCUGGCGCUCUGUCCUCCUGUUCGUCGUCGUCAUCGACUCCACCGGUCUCUGUGUUGUCCCGGAACAGCGUGAGCGUACCGAAGAGAAUGUAUCCGCCCCAGCGUCGCAGUCGAAACCCGGGCAACUUAUCGUUGGAUCUAUCGCAGGUAGACCAAGCGAACGUGGAUCCAAAUACCACAACGACUGGUGCUUCCAAGCGACGCAAUGACCAGGCUGCAGUGUGCUCCAAGCUAACGGACUUCCUGUACAUCGGUGGUGCUCUAGCUGCCAAGAACAAAUCCAUGUUGCUCCAGAACGGCAUCACACAUGUCAUUAACUGCGCGGCCAGUGUAGCUCCAGCCUCGUUUCCCGAUGACUUCUGCUACUUCAACAUCAGACUGCGCGACCAUUCUUCGCAGGACAUCGCCAGACACUUUUACAGCAUUUUUGACUUCAUUGAACGUGCUCGUGAAAGUGGUGGACGCAUCUUCUUGCACUGUGUGAAGGGGAUUUCUCGCUCCCCGACGAUGGCGAUCGCGUACUUGAUGUGGUACAAGAACAUUGGAAUGUACAAGGCGCUGGACUUUGUGCGUCAGUCGCGACCAAUUGUUGAUCCCAAUGCUGGCUUCAUCUUUCAAUUGACCGAGUGGGAGCAGCUCCACCCUCAAGGAAGACUCAAAUUUCAGCGCACGAUCGUCUUUCGGAUGGACGUGGCGUACACUAAUGUGGACAAGAGGAACAGUAUGGUGGCAGCGAAGAACCCGCUGUUCGUGGGUCCGUUGCCCAGUGUCAGCGAGAAUUACUUCCGCGAUCCGACCAAGGAUAUUGGGGAACUGUGCUUGAUUGUAGCAUGUGCCGACUAUAUGUUCGUGUGGUGUGGAACCGACGUCAAUGGGGAUGGCGUGGAAGUGGCGGAGCGUGGAGCGCAGAUAUUGCAGCGCUACGAAGCGUUCCCAGCCAAGUGCGACACCGUGAGGCAAGGACAGGAACCCGUGGCGUUCUGGGACCUCGUUGGCGACGAUAUAUGA